UAAUCGGAAGUUGGAAUCAGACGAUAUCGACGUAAAAUUGCUAAGUGUAAACAUGGCUCUCCGUACUUUCAUUAAACGGAAUCUCAUUCUCAACAAUAAAUGCCCGUUAAGAAUAUCUCAGCGGUUGUCUCAUUUCACUUUCGUUCCAGAUACUGUUUCUGCUUCCGAAGGUGAAACUCAGCGGAUGAAUUUGUUUCAGGCCAUCAAUAAUUCACUUGAUAUAGCUCUAACCCAAGAUCCUACUGCUGUUAUCUUUGGUGAGGAUGUUGCAUUUGGUGGUGUGUUUCGCUGCACAGUUGGCCUCCAGGAGAAGCACGGCAAGUCCAGAGUUUUCAACACCCCACUGUGUGAGCAAGGAAUUGCUGGAUUUGGUAUUGGAGCUGCCACUGCUGGAGCCACUGCCAUUGCAGAGAUUCAGUUUGCAGAUUACAUCCUUCCAGCAUUUGAUCAGAUAUGCAAUGAAGCUGCCAAAUACCGGUACAGGAGUGGGGGCAUUUAUGAUUGUGGAUCUCUGACCAUCCGUGCUCCUUGCUCUGCAGUAGGGCAUGGAGCGGUGUACCACUCCCAAAGCCCUGAAGCUUUCUUUGCUCAUUGCCCCGGACUCAAGGUUGUGGUUCCCCGAGGGCCCAUCAAGGCCAAGGGCUUGCUCCUGUCGUGCAUUCGUGACAAAAACCCGUGCUUGUUCUUCGAACCCAAGAUCCUGUACCGUAGCGCCGUCGAACAGGUUCCAGUCAAAGAUUACACUAUGCCGUUGUCGAAAGCCGACAUCCUAGUCGAAGGAGAUGACAUCACGCUGGUUGGCUGGGGCACCCAGGUUCAUGUUCUGCGCGAAGUCUGCCAACUAGCCAAGGAUCAGCUCAACGUUUCGUGCGAACUGAUCGAUCUGGUUACCAUUCUCCCGUGGGACAAGGAGACCAUCGCCCAGUCGGUGAAGAAAACGGGGCGAUUGUUGAUAGCCCAUGAAGCGCCAUUGACGUCCGGAUUUGGAGCUGAAAUAGCGGCCAGCAUUCAGCACGAGUGUUUCCUGAAUUUAGAGGCGCCCAUUGAGCGUGUCACGGGAUUCGACACACCUUUCCCGCACAUGUUUGAGCCGUUCUACAUGCCCGACAAAUGGCGUUGCUUCGAAGCUGUCAAGAAACUAGUAAACUAUUAAGAGAGCAAUUUAAAAAAAAGUCAUGUUUAAAACGAAAAAAAAAAAAUAAAGAAUUAAAAUUUAA